AUGGUAAUGACCAUUGAGAGAAAUGUGCGUCAAGGCUGGAUGCCGUCAGCUGCACAAGAGGCUAUUCUAAAGGCUUUGAUGGGCCAUUGGCUCGUUAAGCCUCUUCACAGCUAUCUCAAGGUCUACAGUCGAGUUGCUACAUAUGUCCACUAUCGUGCAGAAUGGCUCAGGAUGGGCAUCUACGUGACUGACCCGGUCGCUCAACACCUUGUUGACAAGUUGCUGAAGAAGUUUGCAGGGGAGCUGAAGUGUGUCCUGUGCAAAGAGAUCAUUGCAUCUAUAAUGACUAAGCAGCAAACGCUCAUGCAGUUCGCAUGUGCCACAGUUGAAAAGUAUCAUCUGCCGGUCAUUCCCAACCCAAUCCCUCAGAGUAUCUUGGCAACUCUGGCCAUGCUGCAUGCUGUUGGCACUGACAAAGCCAGUGCGAAGGAUGAAACCAGAUACUGGAAACUCGUUGAAGAGAAACUUGACGCACUUUACAACAUGCUGUUGGCGCUGACAAAGCCGGAGGUGGAAGAUGAGGAGUAUGGGGGCUUACCGAAACGUCCCUGGAUCCAAGACUUCCCACCAGAAUUUGAUGUGGCUGCUGUCCUUCGUGAGGCGAAGACAGAAUUUGAAACCCUGCGCGAUAAGAAGGCAGCUGCAGGGGAAGAAUCCUGGCAUCCAUUUGCCAGUCGGGAUGAGUGGGAACUCACGCACUGGCUAAUGACUGCGGGACUCAGUCAGAUGGCUACCGAUAACUAUCUAAACUUACCCAUAACCCGAGAAUGCACGAACCUGUCAUUCUAUAACAAGCGCGCCUUCUAUCAGAAGAUCGAUGCACUUCCACAGGGGCCCUCCUGGUCAUGCGAGCCUUGGGAAGUCACUGGUGAUUUGCUGGAUGAAAAGGGUCAGCCUUGCAAAGAGACCCUAGAACUGUGGAAGCGUGAUCCUGUUGAAUGCAUCAAGGAACUGAUCGGCAAUCCCGCAUUCAAGGAUGCGAUACGAUAUGCACCAGAGAAAGUCUUUGCAGACUGCAAUGGAGACACCAGGAUCUAUGAUGAGACAUGGACAGGCCAGUGGUGGUGGGACCUCCAGGAAAUAAUGCCAGACGGAGCGACAAUUGCACCUGUGAUUCUGUCAUCCGACAAGACACAGUUGUCAAACUUCAGUGGUGACAAGUCUGCAUGGCCAGUUUACCUCUCCAUUAGAAACAUCGGGAAGUCGACUCGACGUCAACCCUCGGCACAUGCCACGAUCUUGAUCGGCUAUCUCCCAGUCACAAAGCUUGAAUGCUUCUCAGAAGGGCAAAGAUCAAUUGAGGGUGUGCGUCUAUUCCACUCAUGCAUGAGGUCACUUCUGGACCCUUUGAUCAAGGCCGACAAGGAUGGCGUUGAGAUGGUCUGUGCCGACAGAUGUGUGCGAAGAGUGUACCCUAUUCUGGCAGCAUACAUUGUGGAUCACCCUGAGCAAUGUCUUGUCUCAGGUUGUCGUGAAAGUCACUGUCCAAAGUGUACUGUCAGUCCAAAUCAGCGAGGAGAACCACUUCACUCUCUUAUGCGCGACCCUGAUGUCAUUGAAACUGUGCUGUCGGAGGCCUCUCAAGGACUCAAACCAGAUAAUUUCAAGGACUUGGGCCUGAAAUUGAUUGAUCCAUUCUGGAGGGAGCUGCCACACUGUAACAUUUUUGCAUGCAUAACCCCCGAUAUUCUCCACCAGUUACACAAGGGUGUCUUCAAAGACCAUCUUGUCAACUGGGUCACUCAGUGCAUGAAUGGAAAUGCUGCUGAAGUUGAUCGACACUUCAAAGCUAUGACAACUCACCCAGAUUUGCGUCACUUCAACAAAGGCAUAUCACUGAUCUCACAGUGGAUGGGCGCAGAAUACAAAAAUAUGGAGAAGGUUUUCCUAGGUGUUAUAAUGGGAGCAAGUGACCCAGCUGUUCUUUGUGCAGUGCGCUCCGUCUUGGACUUCAUUUAUUAUGCUCAUUUUGAGGCACAUACUGAUGAUUCCAUUGCCAAACUUGAAGCUGCCUGGAAGGGAUUUCAUGCAAACAAGCAUGUCUUUGUGGAGAAGAGCAUCCGGAAAGAUUUCAACAUACCAAAGGCCCAUUCAGCGGAGCACUAUGGAGGGUCCAUUCGCAGUCUUGGAACAGUGGACAGAUUCAAUACUGAGAACUCAGAGUGCCUUCACAUUGAUUUUGCCAAGCGUGCAUACAGUGCAACAAACAAGAAGGCUUACCUGAAGCAGAUGACAGCCUGGUUGACAUGA